AUGGACUUCAUCAGCAUUCAGCAGUUGGUAAGUGGAGAAAGAGUUGGCAGGAAAGCAUUGGAGUUUGGCCGUGGAGUUCCUGAUACUGGAGGCUGGCCUAGUGGCUGGACGCUGGGACCCCAAGAGGCUGUGGCCCGGGAGAAACUAAAGUUGGAGGAAGAGAAGAGAAAGAAACUGGAAAGAUUUAACAGUUCCAGACUGACCCUGGACAACCUGACAGACUUGGAAAACUUGAUUCAGAGACGAAGAAAAAAACGACAGAGACACAAAGUCCCCCCCAGGAAACCUGAGUCUGGGGCUGAGCCUCAGCCCCAGGUCCCACUGGAGCCGGUGGGCCUGGAAAUGUUCCUGAAGGCAGCUGCCGAGAAUCAGGAGGCCCUGAUUGACAAGUACCUGGCAGACGGAGGGGACCCCAAUGCCCAUGACAAGCUCCACCACACAGCCUUGCACUGGGCCUGUCUGAAGGGCCACAGACAGCUAGUGAACAAGCUGCUGGCGGCAGGAGCUGCUAUAGAAGCUCGAGAUUUGCUGGACAGGACGCCUGUGUUCUGGGCCUGCCGUGGAGGACACCUGGACAUUCUCAAGCAGCUGCUUAACCAGGGAGCUCAGAUCAACGCACAAGACAAGAUCUGGAGCACCCCUCUCCACGUGGCAGUGCGCAUGGGCCACUCAGACUGCCUGGAGCACCUCAUUGAGUGUGGCGCCCACAUCAACGCACAGGACAAGGAAGGGGACACAGCACUCCACGAGGCAGUGCGCUACGGGCACCACAAAGCCACAAAGCUGCUGCUGCUCUAUGGAGCCAAGCUAGGCAUGAAGAAUGGGGCCUCCCUGACACCGGUGCAGCUGGCACGAGACUGGCAGAGGGGUAUCCGGGAAGCACUCCAGGCCCACGUGGGGCAUCCCCGCACCCGGUGCUGAUGAUGGGCACCUUCGGGUCACUCAGCCACCAUUCCACACCCACAGACCACCCCUAAAUGGUUCCCUACCCCAGUCUCAAUUUGUCUCUGGCUUUGCUUCCUUUUGGGCCUGAGGCAAGAGGUAGAGCAAACCUCCUGGGUUUAAUUUCAGUGAGGAGCACUGUUCCCUGCCAAGGCUGGAGCAGGGACCACAGGGCAGCAAGAAACAAAGGGAUCCAGAUGAGGGCUAAGGCCAGGGCACAAGUGAGCAGACCAGCGCUACCCUCAGCUAGGUCUAGGCCUCGGUCUGCCAAUCCUUAGGCCAGGAGACGGGUCUUGGCCUGUUCUCCUGUAAGCAGGCAUUCAGAUGUGGCCAGCAGCUGCAUCCAGGGAUGAAAGAAACAGGCUGAGUGCCAGGCACUGGAGCAGGCACUUCUAACCUUUGGGCAGUGUUUCCCCUGGGACCUCAUUCCUAUCAGUAGCGACCCUGGUAGUGAGUGUGUGCAGUAGUUCUAGCCGUCUCUAGUCUUCAGAGCUCUGAAAGGGUCCUGGCAGGCUGAGGGGCAUGUCAGCAGGACUGAGGCCCCACAGAAGUCAGUACCUACCAGGUUGCCUCAGAAGCUAGAGAGUGAUGAGUUGGAACUAGUGUUACCCUAGGGAAACUACCUAAAGGCUUUGGGCAGUCCCACUUGCUUCAUGUGAGGGUCGAGCACCGGGUGCUGGGGAUUGCUUGUGGCCCACUCAACUCCUGGGGCGGUGGCCCGCAACUCCAGCUUACCCUGAAUGCCCCCUGGUGCUGGAGAAAGCACCAGGAGUAGGCUCUGUAGGCCCUGCACAUGAAGUCCUGUACCUUGCUUUGGGACAAUGCCAAUAGUGUACAUCCCUCUCCGGCCCCCUGUGCCAACUGGUGGUGUAAAGAGGACCUCACACAGGCUCCCACAUGGCUGCUUUCCCUCCCAGCUCUGUUCCCAGCUUCACUGCUGGCAGGGCUGGCUCCUUAAAUGCCAGGAAGUUGACUUAAAGAGCUGAAGCUGCAGCUGAGCGAGGGGCUGAAAGGUGGAGGCUCUGCCUCCCGCAUGGAGCCCCCAGCUGACGCCCGUUUUGCAGCAGCUAUUUUCUGAUUAACUUUGGCCUCUCUGGCCAUUGUUACUAUGUGAAGAACCUGACUAGUGUUCCCCCCUAGGGGCACGUAUCUUUCCAUGGGGCAGGCCCUGCCCUGUUCAUGCCAGUCAGCGUGCACCGCGACACUGGUGCCGUGGGCAACAGACAUUCAAGACUACUCAAUAUGACGACUCCUCAGAAAUGAGGACACUUGACACACAAAGCAACUUUUUAUACAGAUCAAUGUUUUCUCAUUAAACUGACUACUCACCACA